AUGGCUGCCUCAUUGAUGGGAAGUGGCCAGCGCCUUGCCGCUCUGGCGCUCUGCCUUAUACUCCUCCUGGAUAUUACAAUGCCUAGUUUGGUUUUGGCCAAUAAGGCCAAAGGAGGAGGACAUCAUCGUGGCGGAGGUGGACGUGCACAAAAAGGUGGUGGGCAUAAAGGAGGCGGUGGUGGACAUAAAGGUGGAAAAGGUGGUGGGCCUAAGGGAGGUAGUGGGCCUAAAGGAGGUGUUGGGCCAAAAGGAAGUAGUGAGCCUAAAGGAGGUGUUGGGCCAAAAGGAGGUAGUGGGCCAAAAGGAGGUGGUGUAGCUCCAAAUGUUCCUAAACCUAAACCUAAUCCAAAUCCAGUUGGCGGUGGAAUUCCUAAACCUAAUCCUAAUCCUGUGAUUCAUCCUAAUCCUAAUCCUGUGAUUCCUCCUAAUCCUAAUCCUGUGAUUCCUCCUAAUCCUGUGAUUCCUCCUAAUCCUAAUCCUAAUCCUAAUCCUGUGAUUCCUACUAAUCCUAUUCCAGCUGGUGGUGCACCUGUGGGUGGCGGCGUUCCUGUUCCUGAAGCUGGGAAAGGCAUCCUAUACCACGGAGGGCCUCUGCUCACCGGGGACCUCAAUCUCUCCAUCCUAUUUUACGGUCAGUUCACGGCCGAACAAAAGAACGUCGUCCGGAGUUUCCUGAGGUCCCUCGAGAACACCGAGAACGACCACAUAGCCGCCGUGCACAGGUGGUGGGACAUUGUCGAGGCCUACCAACUAUUCACCAAUAAGCCCGGCCUGGACCCCACCGCUGCCCCACCAAGACUCCGGAUCAAAGUGGGCACUCAGCAGAGUGACGACAAGUACACAGUGGGGAAGGUGUUGACCAUUGACUUCAUCAACUCUCUGUUCAAGAAGGCCGACUCCGGGAAGCCCAACACUCUUGUCGUACUCUUCACGGGGAGCCAAGUGACGGUGCAAGGGCUGUGCAGAGGCAAAUGUUACGAGCACGGCUUGGUUGAUAACAAACCCUAUCUCAUCGUCGGCAACCCCGAAAUCGAGUGUCCCGGAGCUUGUGGCUGGCCCUUCAACAGGCUCGACUACGGCGUUUCAAACCAGGUCACCGUGAAGCCCCCCAACGGAAACGCCGGCAUUGAUGCCAUGCUCAUCAACUUCGCCUCCGGCUUGGCUGCUGCAGUCACCAACCCCUUCAAUACCGGAUUCUUCAAACCCGGACCCAAGGACGACCCCAUCGAGGCCGGCACCGCCUGCGAUAACAUCUUCGGAAGUGGCGCAGUCCCUGGCCAGACCGGAAAGGUUGAGCUCGACCCCGCUUCGGGUGGAUCCUACAAUGCCAUUGGAGAGAAGGGUAUGAAGUUCAUGCUCCCCUCCGUGUGGAACCCACGCACCAACAACUGCUGGACCGCCCUGUAA